UUGAAACACCAAGUGCACUGAUUUUCGCUUUCCCUUAUUUGAAUUUCUUUUCUCGUCGCUUCAAAACCCAAACCCCUCUCUUCUAAGGCGCAAGCGCAGCAAUUCCGUCUCAAAUUAGGGUUCUUCAAUUGUUCGACGAUGGGUGGAAAACGAGUCGCCAAUAAGCGGCAACGCGACGCCGCCGACGACCAGCUUCGCACUGUCAAGAGAGAACGCGUCGCCGCUGCUGAGGCCGCCGACGAGGCUGAGUCCCCUAAGAAACAAGAUCCGGCUAGUCGCCGGUUCAUACGCUCCGAGUUUUUCAAACUCAAAACUCUCAUUAACGAGAAAAAGGACGAUUUGAUGAACACCGAUUCCGACAAGUUCGAUUCCAUCUUGAAUGAGUUCCACAAGCUCCACGAUCAAGUCCAGAAGCCGAGAGAGCAGGUUGCAGAUGCAGAGGCGCUGCUGGAGCUGACUAACAGUUUGGUGAUGUCAGUGAGGUCUAUGGUGAAUGACAAUGUUACCCCUGCUGAAUUUGUUGGUUGUUUGAUCAAGGAAUAUGGCCAACCAUCCAUCCAAGACCCGGAGUGCAACUCGAUCGACUGGAAAAAACUUGGUCUUGCUGUGUCCCCCAUUUUUAUGAAGGUUCAGGGUUGUUGCACCAUGCUUGGUCCCAUGGAGAGGGAGUUGAAGCAACGCAAGAUUGGAGUUCAGAGACAAAGAACACAGCCAACAUCUGAAAGGGCUAGACCUCAAGAGGUUGUUCAGGCCCAAGAAAAGGAGAGAUCUGAUACUGAUCAAACCAUGAAAGUAAUGUUUGACAUCUUGGCGAAAAUGAGACGCGUUCAACUUGAAUGUCUAAUUCUGAACAGAACAUCAUUUGCUCAGACCGUGGAAAACUUGUUUAGCCUGUCAUUUUUAGUCAAAGAUGGUCGGGCUCAGAUCACUGUGGAUGAAAACCGCAUACACUACGUUUCGCCUAGGAAUGCUCCCUCGGGUGAUUCUCUGAAAGCUAAAGAAGCCACUUUCACUCAUUUCAUGUUCAGAUUUGAUUUCCAAGAUUGGAAGUUAAUGAAAGAUAUGGUGCCUGAGGGCAAGGAGUUAAUGCCUCAUAGGACUCAGUUUUGCACUGUUGGUUCUCAACCACAGAUGGGUUCUGAUGAUGGUUCCCCACGUCCUCUAACUGUCACACCUAUCAGGAAAUUUUCUCGGAACCGAGGGCUGGUUGUGCAGGAGGAAGGUGUGGUAGAGGAAUCUCCUGAAUGUGAUGAUGAAAAAUCUUCCAGAGCAGCUGCCAUCAGAAAUUGUAAGCGUAAGCUUACAUAAGCAGUAGCAUGUUAGGGACUAGAUCGACUUAUGGUGUGUACAUGAGUAUGUUUUCUUUUGUGCAAUAGAUAUGUUAUUGCUAGCAACCUAUCAGACUGGCUUUUGCAGUAUAUAUAUAUGAUGUAAAUGUUCCUAAAAAUACUAAAAUACCUUCCGAAUGAUGCUUAAUUUCUCUU